UGAGGGCGGGCUUACGAUAUUCGAGUUUUUGAAAACUUCGCGUGGUGCAUAUGCCUAACUUUGGCAUCGUCAAAAACACUGAAUUAAUGAACACGAGUGACCUUUCAAGUGAUACUCCAGUUACCCGUCUAUCAAAAAUUUUGUCGAAGGCUAACUUUCUUGAAGUAUCUAAGACGAAAACAGCACCAAAACUUCAUCAAAUAUCAGAAAUAAUACCUCCAGACAUAGACGAAAGUGCGAAUCAAGAGCCACCUACAACAUCAGUAUGGUCGGAAGCCCCCGAAUUUUUUGUUCGCGAACACUCCAACAGUUGCUCUUCCGGUUAUUAUAGUGGUGCUACAACUCAUUCCGCUCCGGCAUCAUCUAUUUGUGAACGCUUCUAUGAAAUAACUGCGGAUCGUGAUCCUCCUAUUUCACUAAUCCGAAGCGUUUUUGAAACUACUGAGUCAGCGGCUCCAGGUGACAGCACACUCCGGAGAGCUCAUUCUUGUUCUAGCAGAGGAUGGUUGGCCAAAAGACAUAACCGGCAACAAUGGCCUCGCAUUUCUGGUAUAUCCCGAGAGAGAGAUACAUCCUUGGUGGGAGUUGCAAAUACAGAUACGAAUUCAUGUCCUGCUGCCAUAAUCCAUGAUAAUAAUCCGUGCAAUUUGAGACGCUAUUCUCUUCCGCCUGUAGGUGAAUCGGGUUCAGGAAGCACCUCAGAAGCCUCACCCCCUAGAGAUCAUUUAGUUAGCUUUUUAACGUCGGCUAAAAGUCCUAGUCCUGAAAAAAGAAUGGAAUGUUCAAGUUCUUUGCUCCAUCCUAUACCUAAAAAGCAACGCAUAGAAUCACCAAAAGAAAAUGAUUGUAAUUCUACGAUACCCACAGAGGAGUUAAAUGAAAAUUCAGAACAUGAUAAUAUUGGAUCUUUAUUUUCUAAUCCAAAUGGUGGUCCGAAACCAUUUUUUGAACUCCUGCGUCAUCAUUCGACUCCUAUGCCAUCUUCAUAUUCAUACAAACAUUGCCCAAGUUCUCCUGUGGAGGUAUUCAACGAUGAAAAUAUCAAUAAACCUAAACUUUCAAGAUGUCUUUCCGAAACGCAUUCUGUUUCUUAUGAUGCGAUUGCACGUUGUAUUGGCUCUUUGAGCAGUCACAGCUUGUGCAGUGAUGGAAGACGGGCGCGUGCAUUACCUGUAGUAGAUAGGACUGGUUCCGGCCUACAUUGCGUGUCUACAGAUACGGUCAGUGAUCUAAUAUCUGGCUCCAAGCGUAAUAUCAAUUAUGUCAUUGUUGAUUGCCGCUUCCCUUAUGAAUAUGAGGGAGGACACAUUAAAGGAGCAAUUAACAUUUUUACUCACAGUGAUCUAGUUCAAGAGAUAUUUAAUCGUGUCCCUGCGCAAAGACCUCCUGGUACAUCUGGACCUCCACGAUUUCUUGGGGAAGAUCUAGCACGAAGAUUAGCUACUACACAGCGGGAGCCACUUUCUGCACCUUGCGAAUUAAUAUCUGACGAUGAAGAUGAAGAUGAAUUUCCUGAAAAUACAACUUCGGAGAUUUCUGAUUCGGAUCUUGCAUAUCCAAACGAUGAAGUUAUUUUAGAAAAGAAUAUUCAUAGUGAUAGCCCAAAAUCAGAACCAGAUCUUAGUUAUGUUAGCAGUGGUUUAUCAAAUAUUAGCGAAUCAAGCAACCAAGAUCCUCCGUUCGUUGUGAUAUUCCAUUGUGAAUUUUCUUCUCAACGAGCUCCAGCAUUGGCUGCAUUUCUUCGGAGCGUCGAUCGUGUUUCGAAUUACCAUCGUUAUCCAUUUCUUUAUUUUCCGGAAAUUUAUAUAAUGAAAGGUGGAUAUUCUGCAUUUUACCGAAAAUUCCCACAUUUAUGUACUCCGCAAGAAUACGUUAAAAUGUUCCACCGGGAUUACCGGAAUCACUUACGUUUGUAUAAACGUCUUACUCGUCGUGUCAGUUCAGCCUGUAUGGCAUGUAUAAAACCUCAACAAAAUGAAGUUGAUAAAUCCCAAAUACCAGUUUCCGAGGUUGAUAGUUAUUGUCAACUUCCGUUGAAUCUAAAGGUUGGUGUUCAUAACAUGUUUACAACACAUGAACCACCAACAUACCAAUUUCGAUCCGAUCGUGAACUGCCUAUGCAUGAGGAUAAUUCCAUCUCUGGUCUUGUCAAUUAUGAAAACAAAGAAAACUACUCACCUUCCGGUUCUGAACUGUGUAGCAAAUUUCAAAGUCACCACUCCUGUUCUGCCGAUAAUGUGAAUGAAGAACCCAAACAUGCUGUGCUUUCUCCUAAUGUUGAAGGUUGUAACCAAGCGUCAUCAAGUGUGGUCGACAGUCCUCUUGGUUUGGCAGAAGUUGUUGUAAGAGUCGGUCGUCGUGUGAUAGCAGCAACAUUGGGUAGUACCAAUAAUAACUGUUCUGAGGUUGCUCGUGCUUUAGACCGAAUAAAGUAUCACAAUUCACCUCAAAUUAUUCAACCACUUGAAGGGAAACCACCUGUACGUUGUCUUAAGCGUUCACUUACCACUAAUUCAUUGGAUAUUCGUCAUCAGUUAAUUCUCCCAAAAGUUUUUAAUCCAUUUUGUGGUGGCAAUAGUUAUUCACAAAAUACACCUUCAAUAAGAAGAGUUCGAACAAAUUCUAACACUGAUUUAUUGUCCGUUGAUAAUACCGUGAAUAGUAUUCUGGCACCAACAACAUCCACUACUUCAAAUCAAAUCCACCAAGUUCAAUCCUCUCCACAAAAAGAACACUUGUCAUACCAUAGUCUUUCUACAUGUAGUGAAUAAGUGUAUAACACAUUACUUGUUUUUAUUUUAACGAACUUAUGUAGUUAUAAUCAUUCUUAUUUACAAAUCAAUCCGUAUUCAUUCUGUACAUAGAUGUAUAGUUUGUAUGUACAUACAUGUAUAUUCUGUUAAUUUUUGUCGAACCAUAAAAUUACGUUUCAAAACAAUAUCCUCUUAACUAUCCAUUCAUUUACAACCUGAUAUUCACAAUUCUCUCUUACAUUUUGUUAUGUAUAGCUUUUGUUCUAUUCGGUUUAAAUAGUUCUAGUUAGUUUCACUAGGUUGCAGCACUUUGAUAAUGAUUUUUACAAAAAGCAAUUAUCUCUGCUGUUGAAAUCUAGUGAUCAUUUGUGCUUUGUGACAUUAUUACCGUCUGAGGUCCUCUCGGUUAUUGUUUUUCCCGCGCUAUUCGUUUCAGCUUAUGUUCUCCCGACAUUUCGCGUUAUUGAUUCUUGGAUUUCACUGACGUGUUAUUUAUUUUGCUUUGUGUUUUUGUUAUGUUUCUUCUUUCUGCAAUCACAUUUAUGUUAAUAUGUUUUUGAAAAAUGUUAAAACUUGAGCUGGUUCGUUUUAUCACCGAACCCAUCUUUUCAGGCAGUCGAUAAAAGUAUGCUUUUGGUAAUGAAAUUUUGCGAAGAUCAAUUAGUACAAAUAUAAACCUGAACUUGAUUAAUUUCACUAUGAAUGUGUCACUGUAAUUCAUAAAAUUCGUUUGACAAGUUUAAAAUACAAGUGCUAUCAACUAUAAAGUUAGUUAAUUGCAACAUAGAACCUGCACGUAUGUACAUCGGUUCAAGUUGCCAUACCCCAUUAGCACAGAGAUGUAGUUGUCAGGCCAAAUCCCUCAAUAGUAGAGAUAGUAACAAUAUCAGUUGUAAUAUGAAAGAUUUGGCACUGGAGAUACGAUUCGAGGGGGGAAAUAUAUUACUGGUAAUAAUAAGUUAUGAGGAAUUUAAAAUCUCAACUUGGGUGAAGACGAAGAACGAGUGCAUCUGCAUUAUUGCAAACGAUUUUGAACCAUGUCAUUCAAGGUCUAACUACUAGUUACGAUAAUUAUGUGGACCCUAAACAGAUAGUCUAAACAUAUUAACUUGGCGAAAUCCAAUUGUUAAUGACUUCGUGGACUAGAGCCAUGUCUAUCCGCCCCUAGUCUUCCAGACUAAUCCUAAACUUAACCGUAUCGCUUGUCGCGGUAGGCAUGUCCCAACCAUCUCAGUUGAUGAAGUCUAUUUAACUCGGCAUCGGAUUUGCCAUCUUUACGUAGUAGUCUAUUCCUAAUACAGGUAUUGCUUACGCCGUGGUACCAAACUACACGAGUAAUGCUUUGUCGGCACUUAUGAUCCAAUGUUAUUAACCUGCAACUAUCACCUAUUUUUAAUGGCAAUGUUUCACAUCCAUGCAGUAGAAGCUCGUCCUUCGGUUAGGAGACUUAUGUUUGCCUACCCCACAAGUUGGGAAGUUACAAAGUACACUUUCAAAGUGUCUAGUUGUUUCAUGAAUUUGUAGAAAUUAAAAUAUUGGAUUUGUUUAGAAUUCUGAAAUACACAGCAAUUGUUCAAGAAACAAUUAGUUCAGAUUGUUACCCUAUUUUUAUUAUAUUACUGAAUAACUAAAAUAAACGUUUCACAACGUUGGUUACAGGCUACAUUUAUGAUUGUACAGAUGAUGACAUUUAGUAGAUCUCCAGGACACAUUUUCCCUCUAACUCUGUUUCUGCAAAGUAAACUGAUCAAUCCAACUCGAAAUGUAAACGACAGAAAAAUACUAACCCCUUUAUUUAAUCCACCAGAUAUAUAUAUGUAGUACAUUUGAUUCAGACCCAUAUGAAUAUGAUUUAAGACUGUAUGGUUUAAUAUUUUCCUUAUUCAUUCUCAAAUCUGCAUAAUUUUCUACAAGUGGUUAUUUUUGGAUUUGCAUAAUAACAUGUAAACGCAUAGAUUGAAUGUUCAUUUCCCUAAUUGAAUAGUGGUUAUUAAUUUUAUGAAAUAUAACUGAUUACAUUUUUUAUAU